AAACGGCGAACUUCACGACGGAAUAGUGUACUAGAUGAAGAUGAGGAUGAUGAUGGUAGAUUACAACUUCCAAUCGCUUCAUAUUUUGGACUAAUUUUAGGAUAUUGCUCUAUUGGAAGUCAUUUAUGCACGGUUUGUUCUUCGCGUUCAACACAAUUACCACAAUUGGUCUUGGCAACAUUCAUGUUAAAAAUCAGUUCUAUUUAG